AUGCUUGUUGGCGCAGUAUGUGCUGCAGCAUCUGGAGUGCCUUUCCCACUCAUGGCAAUCUUGUUUGGAGAGCUCGUCAAUGACCUCAACGGUGCUUCAUGCGUGGUGGAAGAGGCCGGUGACGCUUUCGCCUACGAGUCAGCCAUCGACGACAAAGUGCUAGAGUUGGUCUACAUUGCCGUGGCAGCUCUGGUCUUGAUCUUCAUCUACGUUGUCUGCUGGAGUCUGCUGAGUCAACGCCUUGCACAUCGCCUGCGUGAGCAGUACUUUGCCAGUUUACUUCGUCAGGAUCAAGCAUUCAUCGACCAGCAUCAAGCGGGAGAAGUGUCUUCGCGUCUGAAUGGAGAUAUCCAGGCUGUCCAGACAGGGACCUGCGAGAAGGUCGGGGUUUUCAUCGCCAGCAUCUCCUUUUUUGUGGCAGCGUACGUCGUCGCCUUCAUCAAAGAGGCAAGGCUGGCUGGGAUGUUGAUUUCCCUGGUCCCUGCAUUCCUGAUUGUCGCCGUCGUUGGGGGCGGUUUCUUCCAGAAAUAUGCCAGUCAGAUGUCUGACGCGACAACCGCAGCAUCCUCGAUCGCUUCUGAGGCACUGUCGCAUAUUGCGGUCGUCAAGGCUUUUGGUGCUGCACCGCGACUGGAGAAGAAGUUCUCCGAGUACAUGACGGUGAGCCGCAGCCAGGGAAUCAGGAAAGGCACCGUUGCUGCAAUGCAGGCUGGGUUUCUCUAUUUCAUUGCCUACUCAGCCAAUGCUCUUGCCUUCUGGCAGGGCAGUCACAUGGUCGCUGAUAUGCUUUCCGGCAAGGGCAAUGGCUCAACGGUCGGGGAGGUAUAUACUGUGGUCUUCGUCCUCGUUGACGCAUGUGUGAUCUUGGGCUCAACGGCACCUUUGCUACCAUUGUUUGGUAGCGCUGCGUCGGCCUUUCAGAAGUUGAAACAGGAUAUUGACCACAGGUCUUUGAUUGAUGGCACAAUGGACCAUGGCGAGACCCUACCGUCGGACACUCCUGGCGCCGUCAAGUUUCGAAAUGUCUCCUUCGCAUAUCCAUCCCGGCCUGAAGAAAAGGUCCUGAAGAACGUCGACUUGCUGUUCCCAGCUGGGGGACAUACAGCCAUCGUCGGGCCCUCAGGCAGCGGCAAGUCCACAAUCGCUGCUCUCAUAUCUCGGCUGUAUGAUCCCAUUGACGGCAGUAUCUUAUUUGACGACCAUCCCAUCUCCGAUAUCAAUAUUCGAAAUUUGCGAGGGUUCAGCAGCCUCGUCCAACAGGAGCCGUUGCUGCUUAGUCGGUCUAUUCUGCAAAAUAUCGCCUUGGGUCUGAUCAAUUCGUCUGUACCAUCACACGAGCCACUCAAGGAAGUGCUCGUUGGGCCGAUACUCACUACCCUCACAAGUGAGACCACAGACUUCACCAACGUCGAGCAAACCCACGGGCCGGUUGUCGCCGAGAUUGUUCGCCUGGUCCAGCACGCAGCACGGCUUGCAGAUGCUGACAGCUUCAUCCAACGACUUGACCGAGGAUAUAGUACUCUUGUUGGAACUGGUGGUCAAUCACUAAGCGGUGGACAGAGACAAAGAGUGGCACUUGCGCGAGCUCUGGUUCGGGAUCCAAAGAUUUUGAUCUUGGACGAGGCCACCGCGUCCCUCGAUUCGGCCAGCGAGCAACGUAUCCAAGCAGCCAUCGACAGGAUCGCAGGCACGAGGACUGUCAUCUCCAUUGCACAUCGGCUUUCCACCAUCAGAAAUGCCGACAACAUCAUUGUUUUGAAGGCUGGCGAGAUCGUUGAUCAAGGCACCUACGGCCAGCUAAUGGCGCGGCCAGGGUUGUUCGCCGACAUGGUCAACCUGCAGGCACUGAAUGCUCCUCACCAGAGCCCCGGAAGCGAUGGACAGUCGAGCUCGAGGUCAAGCUGGAAAGGUGAUUCGCUGGAUGUCUCUACAGAGAAAAUCGAGUCUGGCUCUGAUGUUGGAGGUACGCCUCGGGAGCAAACUACGUUUAUGAGACAGCAUGAUCCGGACGAAGACCUCCCUCAAGAUAACGCUCCCACCCCUGUGAGGCUGGAUUCGACACUUUCACCUUGGACGGUGAUACGAGGGAUGGGCAGGUUUAUUCGACCAAAUCUAGGCUGGCUUGUCAUGGCUAUGAUAGCCGCCACCAUAGUCGGUCUGACGUUUUCGGCGGCAGCAUUGAUUUUCGGACAUGUGGUUGAUGCACUGGGCGCAUGCAACACCAGCAUAGGCCGGAUCCUGUAUCUCGGUCGCUUCUUUGGCGGAAUGCUCUUCAUGGUUGCCAGUGUGGAAUUCUUUGCGAACCUCUUCAGCUGGACAUCCUUCGCUGUUGUGGCGGAAAGGCUUCUGUACAGUCUAAGAGUACUGUCAUUCCGCUCGUUGCUUGACCAGGAUAUGGAGUGGCACCAGUCUACCGCGCAGGAUCCAUCGACGCUUUUAUCUGUGAUCACCAAAGACAGUACAGCCAUAGGCGGCUUCAGCGGAUCCACGAUGGGCACCAUCUUCUCAAUCCUCAUCAACUUCGGCGUCGCCAUCAUCCUAUCCCACAUCAUUGCCUGGAAGAUUGCUGUCGUCUGUUUGUCAAUGAUCCCGAUCCUGCUAGGGUCGGGCAUAAUGCAGCUAUACACCUUCGCACGCUUCGAAGAGCGGAACUCAAAGGCCUUUGCAGAUUCCGUCGGCAUAUGCAUGGAGACAGUGACCUCUUUCAAAACCGUGGCUACCUACUCUCUCGAGCAUGAGAUCAUGGACACCUACACACGGGUGCUCAGCAAGCCUCGAAGUCAAGUCCUUGCCGCCAGCAUCUACACCAACUUCUGGCUAGCGAUUGCCAACAGCACAGGCUUUCUGAUCUACGCGUUUGCCUACUGGUGGGGAUCGCGUCAAAUCAUGAAGGGAGAAAACACACAGGAAGAGUUCUUCAUCGUCCUCGUUUCGAUGCUGGUGAGUGCUCAGCUGUGGGGCCAGAUGUUCAGCCUUGCGCCCGAGGUAUCCCGUGCUCGUGCCGCCGCAUCUCGAAUUCUGAGUCUACUCGGUGUGGGUUCUAAGAACAACAAGUCGGAGCUGCUGGCACUUCCCGAUCCAAAGUCGAAUACUGGCAAAGAUCACGACAUCGAAAAAGAUGCCGCAAACGGCGAGAACACCUCGUCAGCACCCAGCCGUGGAGCCAGCGUCGCCUUCCGCUCCGUCUACUUCUCGUAUCCAUCGAGCCCAAACGUGCAAGUAUUGAACGGCGUCUCGUUAUCCAUCCAACCUGGACAGUUCUGCGGGCUGGUCGGGCCAUCAGGAGCGGGCAAAUCGACAAUCAUCACGCUUCUUCAACACAUGUACCGUCCUACGUCCGGUAGCAUUGAAAUCGACGGCGUGGACGUCUCGCACCGCGAAUUCCGCGACGAGAUCGCCGUGGUUCCACAAGACAAUGCGCUCUUCAGCGGAACCAUCAAGUUCAACGUCGGUCUGGGCGCACGACCUGGUCACGACGCCACAGACGCCGAAAUCCAGGAGGCCUGCAAGCUGGCCAACAUCCACGACACCAUCAUGGCCCUGCCCCAACAGUACGACACCGAAUGCGGGCCCAACGGCUCCCAGCUCUCAGGCGGCCAGCGGCAGAGACUCACGAUCGCGCGUGCUCUGGUGCGCAGACCUCGGCUCCUGCUGCUCGACGAAAGCACCAGCGCUCUGGACGCAGAGACCGAGCAUGCCCUCCAGGACGGGCUGGAACGGACGAUCCGUGAAUCGGGCCUCACAGUCAUUGCUAUCACGCAUCGGCUGCAUACUGUGAUGAGGGCCGAUGUCAUUUUCGUCGUCGAGGGAGGCAGGAUCGUCGAUUCCGGAACACAUGCUGAACUGAUGCAACGGAGUGCAAGUUACAAAACGAAUGCCCAGACUCAAAUCCUGGAGUAA